CGGAGAGUAGUGGGGCAAUUUCAUCAUCAACAUCAUUCAGGGUGGUUUGUCGCGCACUCUUUACAUUCAGUAGCUUUCAACUCAUGUCCUGAAAAGCUCCAUUCUGAAACGUGCUUACGAAAAGCUCGCGCGCGCACUCUGUUUACGGGCUACUUCUUACACAUUUUCAUCAUGACUCGUGCGGAUUCUGUGCUUUACCCGUGAAAAUGACCAACAGGAAGGGCUCCAAAAGAAGGGUCGUUGAAAAAACGGACGUUUCAGAACCGAGAGUUGUGGUUAUUAAGGAUGGACCAUGCAGGAUAGGAGUGUGCGGCGAAGAAGCUGCCUGCAAGGAUUACCGAAAUAAUACGCACACGUGUAUUUGUACACAUGAUUCACGGCCGCCCACAGCCAAAGGUAUCUGCCCAAGGAGGACAGUUUCUGUCGACCGUUCUGGCAUUAUUCCAUAUGUUCAACCCCCGUCGUACAAACAAACACCUUCAUCACUUAGUUCCACAACAAUUCCAAUCACUGCGGCUAGUGAGAGCUUAUCAGCACCCAACUACAUAAUGGUCUCAGUUUUGGGUUCAGUGUCUCUCUUAUUAAUAAUGUUGUUAGGAAUAAUAUUUUGGAAGAAAAUGAGAUCUAGGCAUUCGAAUAAUGAAGGGGUAUCACCUAUAAAUUUAAAACACAGUUUACUAAUGGCCGAAAGAUAUGCUCCAAAUCCCCAGUAUUCGGCCUGUUCCGGAACAGGAGUUCCUCUACUUCGAAAAGAAACACUUAAAUUUAUCAGCGAAAUAGGCGAAGGUUGCUUCGGCAAAGUUUAUAAAGGUGAACUUCUAACGGAAGGCACUGACCAAGUGGAAAUUGUAGCCAUAAAAGUAUUAAAAGAAAACGCAACGCGAGAAGCCGAAGAAGAUUUCAUAAGGGAAGUUGAAAUUAUGAGCGCUUUCAGACACGACAACAUUCUUUCUUUGCUGGGAAUGGUGGUUCGAGAAGGUGUGGUAAGCCCGAUGAUGGUCUUUGAAUUCAUGCCCCACGGAGAUUUGGCGGAAUUGCUUCGAGCGCAAAAGAAAACCGCCUACGAGAAUGAAGUUCCCCAAUUAAAGCCCAAAGAUCUGCUCUCCAUCGCGCUUCAAAUCGCCAGUGGGAUGAAAUACCUCGCGGCCCAACGUUUCGUCCAUCGUGAUCUCGCCUGCAGGAACUGUCUAGUGGCGGAAGGACCGACUGUAAAAAUUGCAGACUUCGGAAUGAGCAGAGAUGUGUAUACGUGCGAUUAUUACAAGAUCGGUGGCAGCCGCCUCCUUCCCGUCCGUUGGAUGUCUCCCGAAAGCGUCCUCUACGGCCGUUUCACCCUCGAAUCAGACAUUUGGUCUUACGGAGUCGUUCUUUGGGAAAUUUACAGCUUCGGCAAACAACCCUACUACGGCCAUACCAACGAAGAAGCCGUCAAACUAAUUCUAGACGGCAUAAUGUUAAUCGCCCCCGAAGACUGUCCGUCUCUCAUCUGUGAACUGAUGAAAAACUGCUGGAAAACAGAGCCCCGAGACCGAAUAAAAUUCCCCAACAUUUGUGACAAACUGGAACUGGCCUACGAAAGUUUCGACGAAGACAAAGUGAGCAUCCAGUACGAAAACGAAACGCAAAAAGUCAAUGUGAAAAACGUGCGAAGUUUACCCAGACCGCCUCCGCUGAGGAUGAUCUCUCAGGAAGAUCUAUUGGAUGCACAAGGAUAUCUGUUGGCGAAUGAGGUCAAAGAACCUGUACAGUAUUUAGAGACUUUACCGGAUUGACAAGAACAGAAGAGGAAGAAUACGGUUGUGUGGGCAAAUUCGAUGAAAAUGCUAGGUGCGAAUGUGUGAAAUAUGUGUUUUUGAACACUCUGUGUGUAUCCGCUUAUUGUAUAUAUGGAUAUGAGGUAUUUUAAUUAAAUUAUAUUUUUUUAA